AGGAUUUGAAUGUGUUCAUCUCAAAUGAGUUCAAACUAAAUAGAGAGUAGGCCUAAUGUAGUAGACCUAGUACAAUGUACAACCCAUAAACCCACACAUUUGCUUAACACACACGAAUGUGACUUAACCACUCAUUGCUUAACACACAUGAAUGUGAGUUAAGAGGCACGUGAAUUACCCCAUCUAAUGCGAUUUAUAUAAAUCUCUGACGAACCCGAAUUGCAUAACUUGCCCCAAAAGCUCCUAGUUCAUUAUUUCCCUGUAAAUAUGCUGUGUCUGCCCGAGGCCAACCAUAAUUUCAACAAUCCACAGGCCAAAACAGUGGCCAGACGUGGUCGGUGCUAGUGAUUCCCCAGGGACCCUUUGGCUGUUUCAUCUGCAGUUGAAGAGAUGGAGAGAUUAGUUUUCUUGUUUUCUCUGACUGCCCUUGUUGUCCUUCACUGCAUGAACACCACUCCAGAGUUCCAAGAGCCUGUUGUGAUACUGCAGAUUGGUAUUGCAGUGUUGGUGGUGGUGUGGUUCUUCUACUUCCUUAUCACCCGACGCAACCCGCCCAAAGACACCCUUUUCUAUGUGUUUGCUGAGUUUUCCUUCACUUGUGUUAUUGACCUUGUGAGUGCUAUGGAACAUGAUGGUUUUAUUUCCGGGUUCAUGGAAUUCUACCAGAAAACGGGAGAGCCCUAUCUGGGUACUGCCUAUGCCAUCAUGAUGUGCUACUGGGAUGGAAUAGUGCAUUUCAUCAUGUACCUCAUGAUGAUACAGCGCUUAUGGAACAGCAAGUCUUACCGCACCCUGGGUCUCUUCUGGGCUGGGUCGUUGUUUGCCAACAUGAGUGUCUUUGUGACAGGAAUUGUUGUAGGUAAAUUUGGAUCAGAUAUCCGUCCCGCCUUCUGGCUCAACAUGCCCUUCUUAAUGCUUCCAAUAUGGGGUGCGAUCAAGCUGUUCAACCAGCCCAAGAAUGGGCCAACCCUCGGUGGAUACAGGGCCCACUAUGAUCAGAGUUUUAAUCUCAUCUGGCGCCCUACAGACCUUCUCCUGGUGCUGCUGCUACUGGGGGCCAUGGCCUUCACUCUCUUCAGGGGCUUGGUAGCUCUUGACUCCCCUCUAGAGGCCUGUACCAUCUACCUCCGCCAGUACGAGCCCUAUCUGAAGGACCCGGUGGGCUACCCCAAGGUUAUGAUGUUGCACUUCCUGUUCUACAUGCUGCCUAUGCUGGGUGCCUUCAUCUACGGACUCGUAGUGCCUGGCUGCAACUGGAUGCCCGACUGGACUGUAUUUGUUGCUGGAGGCGUCGCCCAGUGUCAGUGGGCCCACAUUGGGGCAUCCCUCCACCCACGUACAGUGGCCCCAUUCCGGAUCCCAGAUGAGGCUUUCCUGGCUGUCCUGGCAGCCAACCUGCUGUACGCUGUGAUCCCCUCACUCAUCGCCAUGCGCUGCACCAGUAACACCAACUUCUUCUUGACCGUCACUAAACUUCCUGGGAUGGAGGGGAUGCCCUGGGUUCCUGAUGCUGACACCCUAGUUGAGAAGAAACACAAUUAAAGUUUACAUACUAAUAAAGUUACCAAUAAAGAUAUGCAAAUAGGUGUACAGAAUUGACUUCUAAUC